CAAUUUCACUAUGAAUGUUGUGGGUGUGCUGUGGGGCUUGCGAAGUUGCAGUGCUAGCCUAAACCUGCCUGCCUAUCUGUGCUCACUGCUCAGUGACGUGUGGAGAAGUGGAGUCACUCACUGCUGUGCUGUCUCUCUAAACGGGAACUGGGAAAUUAUGAGGGGGAUGCCUGGCACCUGACCGCAUGACUGUCUGACACAAUCUCUAAAGUGAAGGAGCCACGUAUGAUGCUCACCAGACCGGUACGGUUAUGGUACACUAAGUGCACACUGAAGAGGUAAAAAAAAAACGUGACCAAGUGCUUGGACAUUUCUACUACAAUGACUACAGUAAUUCUUGAAUGUUUUAGGACAUUGUCCAUCAGUGCCCAACAACUGCGCCAUCUCCCAAAGAACAUAGAAGGUGGCUUUCCAAAGAUGCCUUCUACCGUCAAGGAUUUAGAUGUUCCCCACCUAUUCCGGGAGCCCUACAUCCAAACAGGAUAUAGACCCAUAGAGCAAAACUGGAAAUACUAUUUCUUCAGCCUUUUUCAAAAGCACAAUGAAUCUAUUAAUGUAUGGACACAUUUUGUUGUGGCAUUAGCAGUGCUUCUUAGGUUCAAGGUUUUUGCAGAAGUUGAAUCUCUUUCCUUGGACCCAGUAAGCUUGCCUUUGUAUAUAUAUGUCUUAUCCUCAUUGACUUAUCUAACAUUCAGCUUCCUCGCUCACCUCCUACAGUCCAAAUCCGAGUUAGCACAUUACACGUUCUACUUCAUGGACUAUGUUGGAGUUAGCACUUAUCAAUAUGGGAGUGCCUUGGCACACUACUACUACAGUUCCAACCAAGCCUGGUAUGACACAAUCUGGCCAUUCUUUCUACCAGGUGCAGCUUUCUUAGGAUGGAUGUCAUGCCUUGGUUGCUGCUUUGCCAAAUAUCGCUACAAAAGACCAUAUCCUCCCAUGAGAAAGGUGUGUCAGAUUGUCCCAGCAGGAUUUGCCUAUAUCUUAGACAUAAGUCCUAUUAUUCACCGGAUAACUUCAUGUUACAUGGAAAGUUGUACAGACAAGGCUGUCUGGUUCCAUUUCUUACAAAUAAUUUUCUUUGUCAUAGGAGCCUAUUUUUUCUCCUGUCCUGUUCCAGAAAAAUAUUUCCCAGGUACAUGUGAUAUUAUUGGGCACGGCCACCAGAUUUUCCACCUAUUUUUGGGUUUAUGUACACUCUCCCAGCUGGAGGCCAUGCUUAUUGAUUACAAAACAAGACAGGAACAUUUAACAGCAAGACACAGCCCAUCAGACAUUUACGUGGCAUGUUUUUCUUUUGUCCUUCUUAUAUCUUGCAGUACUAUAACUGCAAUCUACCUUCGACACCGGAUCUCAAAGAAAUUGAAAGACAAAGAAUUAUAAGAGUGCUGUAGGUGAUUGUAUAAGUUGUCUAUUUAGGUUAAAUUUGUCUACAUUUAAAACAAAGUUUUGGGCCAUGAGAUACUCCAUUAACCCUUUAUUUAAGAUGAUGCUCGAUGUUCUACCUGCAAGUUUUGUUCAUUGCAUUAAAUAUACAUUCAGUUACCAUCUUACCCAUUAAGGCACACAUUUUCAACCCUCACUCUAGCUGCUCAUCAAACUAAUGUUUUUUCCAUUAUUUUAAUGUCAUCAGAAGGUAUGGAUUCUCUAUUAAUAAGAAGCAAAUAUGCUCGGCACCACUGUUCAAACCGCCAUGUUUUAGCCUACAUGGGUCAAGCAGCGCUGUUUCCUGAUGACAUUAAAUUGGGAAAAACACAUUAAGAUAGGCUGAUGGAGAAACUAUAAAACAUGUGCCUUCAAUAAAUAAGAAAGGUAACUAUAGAGGAACUGGUGGAACUGUUUGUAGGUUCAAUACAAACCCGCAAGUAAAUUGAUCUGAUGCACUUUUAGAAAUAUUAAGAUGAUAGUGGGGUAUAUUCAACAACAUCCUCUAUAGUCUCUUCUUUACGCAACUUCCUGUGUUAUUCUUUGGAGCCCAAUAAUUAAAGCUCACACACGUCUCCAAUAUUUAGUCAGUCGGUACCACAGCAUAGCAUGGGAAUGGAGUGAUUAGAGAAUCUGUUAAUGAAUGUAUUCUAAUGUGUGCCAUUUUGAACCCAACUUCUUUCCAGGCUAGCUAUAGACUAUAUAUAUUCACGUUAUGUCUUAACAAAUAUUAAAUUAUAUUCAAAGGACAUGGAUGUCAAAACUGUAACUUACAUCAUUUAGAUAAAACCUUUUUUCUAUUUA